UCAUGCGAAGUUAGAUAGGUAAUAUGUAAUUGACCGCAUGAACACGCGGUUAGACGGCUAAGUGGGCAGGUGGGUUUGGGGGUUUGACACUAAUUCGUAUCUCGGACCCUGUACGAAUACGAGUCAUAAAGAAGGACUGGGAUCGUCGUUUUUGGUAGCUUUGCAUGACCAUGCCACCCUAUGCCCUCUCGGCUUAGACCUGCACGACUCGUAAUCGCCACGCAGUUCCGAGAUUCUACUUCAACAACUCCUUUUGCCUCAAUUUGUCCGGUCUUAGGUAAUUGUACGCUGUCCACAUAAGCUAUGGCAUCACCAAGUCAGAAGCCCACCCGAAGGCCUCAUGCGAAGACUCGGACCGGGUGCCGAGUCUGCAAGUCAAGGAAGGUCAAGUGCGAUGAGACGCGCCCAUCUUGUCGGAACUGUUUGAGACGCGGGAUUACCUGUGAUUUUGCUGUCUCAUCCGGGCCCGUAGGCCCUGUUCCCGAUGUGAACGGCAGUAGUAAUGGCAGUCACACUCCUAUCUCGAACCAGAUCCCAUCCCCAGCAGCCUCGGCGCUGAACCACUCACCGGUUGACUGGUUUAGCCCCCUCGAUCUUGAACUGCUACACCACUUCACCACAUCAACAUGUUUCACAUUCUCGACCGAACCGAUGGUCCGUAAUUUUUGGCGUGUGAAUGUUCCGCGAAUAGGAUUCUCUUACCAAUAUGUCCUCAACAGCGUUCUUUCACUUGCCGCAUUGCACCUGGCCAAGUGCAAACCUCAGCGAAAAGAUGUACUCAUUGAGCGGGCGAUGAUACAUCAAAAUGCAUCAUCGUCUUUAGCACUGCCUGUACUUAAUGACCUCAACGCCGAGAACUCGGUACCAAUCCUCUUCUUCAGCAUGAUAACUACCUUCAUUGCUUUUGCGAGCCCCAAGGAGUCGAGUGAUUUACUCGUAACCUCUAACGGAGCUAUGCCUCAAUGGCUACAUCUUUUCAGGGGUAUGCGCCGCGUGGUGGAACUGAACGGUGAAGCUAUGAGCUCUAUGUUUUCCCUGGGAUUUAUUUUCGACUCUGGGAAACAGAUGAAGAAGAUCUGGACGAACAUGAUACCGCCCGAACACGAAGGCCUCAAGGAACUGGAGACCACAGUCCGGUUUUACGUCAAAGACGGCCAAAAACUGGAUGAUUUGAUUCACGCGAUAGAUGAGUUGAAGCGAGCUUUUGCAUUCUGCCAUAGCGGUAACAUCAUGGAUGACCAACGGGUCAGGGGUGUGUUCAUGUGGCUGUUUGGUAUCCGCGACGGAUUCACCCAACUAACCAAAGGACACGAUAACGAAGCGCUGAGCGUCUUGGCCUUCUUCUGCGUCCUACUCAAACGUCUGGAUUACAUCUGGUGGAUAGAGGGAUGGGGUUCUCACUUGAUUGGGAGGAUAUACUCCGUAUUAGACGAAGGGUACCGAUUAUGGAUUCAAUGGCCGAUAGAAGAAAUCGGUUGGGUCCCGUAAAUGCAUAAGCAUACCUAGAAAUAGAAAUAAGCAUGAUAAAUCAUAUUUUUCAUCUUCA